AUGGCUGCAAUCCCUAGCUCGAGCGGGGGCCUCUCCGGGGACCCCUUGAACAAGCUCCAUACCGAUACUGGCUCAUUGCUUCACGAAGCCGAGUCGAAGCCUGAGUUUCAACGGGAACAGGAGGAAGCCAAGCAGCGACGCAUGGCCCAGCUGGUCGCUGACCAAAAUUUGGCUCCCAUGACCGUCAACGAGAUCCGUGUGCAUGGCGCCGUCAACACACGCACCGAUUUCCUCGAUCCUCUCUUCCAGCCCCUUGUCCGAGACGACCAAAAUGCUACUUCCACGGUUGGCGAGGUUAUAAAUAAGCUUCGAAUUGCAAGCAACAAGCUCGACGCAUUGCAGAUCUUUCAGCCUCAACCCGAACUGUUCCUCACUUCUGCCCAACAGACCGACCCCUCCACCUCGCCUACAGACGUCAACGUUGAUAUCCGAGUCAAGGAGCUCUCUCGGUUCAAGCUUCAGACUGGCACGGAUGUUGGAAAUGGCGAGGGUUCCGCGUACGGCUCUUUGCUAUGGCGCAACAUGUUCGGCGGCGCCGAGAUGUUGACCCUGAACGCAAAGGCUGGCACACGUACCCGGUCCGCAUACAGUGCCAACCUUAGCAUGCCCGUCGCCAGUAACCCCGAUUUAAGGAUAUCACUGGAGGGUGUUGCUUCGGCAGCCGAGAAGCCCUGGGCCUCGCAUGAGGAGGUGCUCAAGGGUGGAACCGUGCGGUUCUCGUGGCUUAACUCUGAGCGAGACACUCAGUCUGUCGAGUAUUCCCAUGCAUGGAGGCAGAUAACCGGCUUGGGCGAAGGUGCCAGCCCAACUGUCCGCGCCGACGCCGGCGACUCUAUCAAGGCCUCUAUUAAGCACAGCUUCUACCGAGAAAGACGCGAUAACCCUCAACUUCCCCAGGACGGCUACAUGGUCCGAACUGGACUUGAGGUUGCCGGUUUCGGACCUCUUGUUGGUGACGUCGCUUUCUCCAAGGGUGAGGUCGAGGUUGGCGGUGCCAUCCCUGUUCCUCUGCCAGGUAUUAAGGACCGUACUGGCAUUUCAAUCGGUGGUGGGCUCAGACUAGGUCUGCUCUGCCCUCUUCCACUUGGCUAUGAUUUUGGAGGCAAGCUUGGUCUCAGCCGUAUCAACGACCGCUUCCAGCUUGGCGGGCCAACAGAUGUGCGAGGUUUCAAGCUCGGCGGUCUUGGACCUCGUGAUGGUGCCGAUUCUGUCGGCGGUGAUGUCUUUGCCGCAGGCAGCGUCAACAUGCUCCUCCCCGUGCCAUACAAGGGCCCCGACUCAGGUCUGCGCUUCCAACUCUUCGCCAACGGCGGUCGUCUGGUUGCUCUCAAGAACCCCAGCAAGUCUUCCAGCGGAGCUGCCACCCAAGCACUCAGGCCAUCCGCCGUACGAGACGGCAUGCUCAAUGCCGUCGGCGAGCUCUUCAACGGAGUACCAAGUCUCGCGGCCGGCGUGGGUCUUGUGUAUGCCCACCCUGUUGCGCGAUUCGAGCUGAACUUUAGCCUACCGUUGGCGCUGAGGAGGGGUGAGGUAUCAACAAAGGGACUGCAGGUUGGCGUGGGAAUCAACUUUUUGUAA